AUGGCUGCGCAAAUCACGCCUUCGAAGCAGGCUGCUUCCGCUAUUGAGAACUUCAACAUGGAGUCUCCCGUCAAGAAGCUCGACUUCGGCGCCGCCAACAAGGAGAACGAGCCUUUGACCAAGUCCCUCGAUACAACCGACCUCAACACAAAGAUUGUCGAAGAGCCCAAGAAGGAGGAGAACAAGGCUGCUGUUGCCCUUGGCAUCAAGCCUGAGGAGGUCGAUGAGCCUCUGCUUCAGGAGAACCCCCAACGUUUCGUUCUCUUUCCCAUUAAGUACCAUGAGAUUUGGCAAAUGUACAAGAAGGCUGAGGCUUCCUUCUGGACUGCCGAGGAGAUUGAUCUCUCCAAGGAUCUCCACGACUGGAACAACCGCCUAACUGCUGAUGAGCAGUUCUUUGUCUCUCACAUCCUUGCUUUCUUCGCUGCCUCUGAUGGUAUCGUCAACGAGAACCUCGUCGAGCGAUUCAGUGGCGAGGUCCAGAUCCCUGAGGCUCGUUGCUUCUACGGCUUCCAGAUCAUGAUGGAGAACAUUCAUUCCGAGACCUACUCCCUCCUCAUUGACACAUACAUCAAGGAGCCCGCCCAGCGAACCUAUCUCUUCAACGCCAUUGAGACCAUUCCCUGCAUCCGAAAGAAGGCUGACUGGGCCAUCCGAUGGAUCCAGGAUAAGGACUCCUCCUUUGCCCAGCGUCUCGUUGCCUUUGCUGCUGUUGAGGGUAUCUUCUUCAGUGGUGCCUUCGCCUCUAUCUUCUGGCUCAAGAAGCGUGGUCUCAUGCCUGGUCUGACUUUCUCCAACGAGCUCAUCUCUCGUGACGAAGGUCUUCACACUGACUUUGCCUGCCUCCUCCACUCUCACCUCAAGGGUCGUGCCAGUAAGCAGAUGAUCCAGGAUAUCAUCACUGAUGCCGUCAUCAUUGAGCAGGAGUUCCUCACCGAAGCUCUUCCCUGUGCCCUCCUCGGCAUGAACUCUGACCUCAUGAAGCAGUACAUUGAGUUCGUCGCUGAUCGUCUCCUUGUCGCUCUUGGCAACGAGAAGGUCUACAAGGCCACCAACCCCUUCGACUUCAUGGAGAACAUCUCCCUUGGUGGCAAGACCAACUUCUUCGAGAAGCGUGUUGCCGACUACCAGAAGGCUGGUGUCCUCCACAGUGCCACUAAGAAGACUGAGGAGGACGAGUCCCCCAAGGGUGAGAACGGCGGUGACUUCACUUUUGACGAGGAUUUCUGA